AUGGCCAAAUAUUUCAAGACACUCUGUAAUCCCGUAACCUUUCCUUACAAGCAUGUUCUAAUAACAGGGUGUGGAACAGGGCUUGGAAAGGCUUUGGUAUCUGAAAUAUAUAUGAAAGGUGCUUACAUAACUAUGAUAGGCAGAGAUAAAGACAAAUUAGUUAAUGUGGCACAAUCAGUCGACAUGUAUGGACCAAUAGAAAUGCUAGUCAAUUGUGCUGCAAUUAGCAAGCCAGCAAUGAUUUUAUUUAGUAGUUUCGAUUAGUAUAAUCAUCAUAUGAAUUUGAACUAUCUAGGUGCCUUAAAAUUCAUCUUGCCCAUUGCUAAAAGAAUGUAACAAAGAAAAGCACAAGGUAGACUUGUUUUAAUUGGAGAUACUUUAGCUUCUCACUAUGCUAUUCCUGGUAUGGCGCCUUAUGCAUGUAGUAAGUCUGCUAUUGAGUAAUUAGCUUUUUAACUCAAAGCAGAAUUAGAACCACAUGAUAUUAAAGUUCAUUACUUCCUACCUCCUGCUAUGGAAACAUCUCUACUUGAAGAACAAAAGAAAAUGUACCCUUUGGUUACUCGAUGCUUAAUGAAGAACCAAAGAAUUUAUAAUUAAUGGAACAUGGACUGCUGA